AUGAAGAAGUUUUACGGGCUCAGGGGCCAAGCCCUCAAUUAUGCUAUCGGCGUGAUUGCCGGUACCGAUUUCCUUCUCUUUGGUUAUGAUCAGGGUGUUAUGGGAGGCAUUUUAACAAUGCCCAGUUUCCUCAACCUAUUCCCGACGAUCAACUCCGGUGCAGAAGGGAUUACAGAGGCCGAAGCUUCCACAAGGUCCACCAACCAAGGAAUUGCUGUCGCAUGUUAUAACUUGGGCUGCUUCAUUGGUGCGAUCCUGACCAUUUUCAUUGGAAACCCCCUUGGCAGACGGCGAAUGAUCAUGCUUGGCACCAGCAUCAUGGUUGUCGGGGCCAUUCUUCAAGCGUCUGCCACUACUCUCGAGCAAUUCAUCAUUGGGCGCAUUAUCACCGGUAUAGGGAACGGCGGUAACACUUCGACUGUUCCUACGUGGCAAUCGGAGACUUCAAAGGCCCAUAAACGUGGCAAGCUGGUCAUGAUCGAAGGCGCGCUGAUCUCAGGCGGUAUCAUGAUCAGCAAUUGGAUCGAUCUUGGUCUUUCUUUUGCUCCUGGUUCCGUCGCUUGGAGAUUUCCUCUUGCGUUCCAAUGCUUCUUUUGCAUUUUUAUCUUGGCUUUCGUGCACGGACUGCCCGAAAGCCCUCGAUGGCUGAUCCUGAAAGGCCGCGAAACCGAAGCCAAGGAGAUCCUGGCAGCGCUACAAGACGUUUCGCUUGAAGACAAGAUCGUGCAGAAUGAGUUCAUUUCUAUCAAGGAAACCGUGGUUGAAAUGUCCAAAGGCUCGUUUCGCGAUCUGUUCACGAUGGAUAAGGACCGGAACUUCCAUCGCUCCUUGCUGGCCUACAUGAACCAGGUUUUUCAGCAAAUUUCGGGCUGCAAUCUCAUCACAUACUACGCUCCAGUUAUCUGCAAGGGUUUAGGUAUGAGCGAUACUCUGUCACUGAUCUUGGCUUCGUGCAUCGCGACUCAGUAUUUCCUCAUCUCUUGGCCACCCGUCUUCAUUGUUGAGAGAGUCGGUCGAAGGAAGCUCAUGCUCUUCGGUGCCACCGGUCAAUCCAUCACAAUGGCCAUCCUCGCCGGUGUCAACUCCCAAUCAUCGACUGGUGCCCAGAUAGCGGCGAUUGUGUUCCUGUUUGUAUUCAAUUCUUUCUUUGCCUUCGGUUGGCUCGGCAUGACAUGGCUGUACCCCGCUGAGAUCGUGCCUCUACGGAUUCGGGCACCGGCUAACGCUCUUUCCACAUCCGCAAACUGGAUCUUUAACUUCCUUGUCGUCAUGAUUACCCCAGUUGCCUUCAACAGCAUUGGCUAUCAGACGUAUAUCAUCUUCGCAGUGAUAAACGCGUUCAUGGUACCAUCUGUGUACUUCUUCUACCCGGAAACGGCCUACCGUUCAUUGGAGGAGAUGGACUCAAUCUUUCACCGGGUCGGCGCGGGUUGGAAGGGUUUCUUCACAGUCGUACAGGCUGCCAAGGACGAGCCGCGCCGGUAUGGCAAAAACGGCGAGCUUCUGAUUGAGUACGCGGACACCGACGAGCAUAAAAAGCAUGCUGCGGCAGAACAUCGAGAGCAGAAAGUUGAAGACAGGACAAGUGGUACGCCCAGUGACGUCGAAAGUGCGAGGAGUGGAAUUUGGGCGGGUAAGCGUGGGGAAUAG